GGAUAUAAAAGACAGAGCCGAGAGCACGCUGCUGGCGGUUGUUUCGAUUCGGCAGCUCGUAUCCCGGCUCGCUUACUCAUCUCAUCCAUCGUCCCGUCUCGUCGACGACACCGAACCCCCCUACCAUCUCGCAACUCGUCCAUUGGUCCAACCCACCCCAUCCUACCUCUCGGAAGAGCAGAUACGGACCUGCAGCGUCGCCAAGGCAACAGGGGAUCGGUGAGCUUUCGGAGACCGAGUCGACUCUCACAUUCCUAAGACGGGAAGGCGACAAGGAAGCCCAAGACUCUAGGCCUAUUAGAUGCCCUUCCCCGCGGUAGCAUUAAAGCACAGGGACCAUGCAGCAAUUUACAAUACCUGCCAUUCGCAAUUUGCACGUCGAUCACGAACACCCAGCUCUGGGGAAGCGCAGCCGGUCCAGGGUGGUAUACCUGCCUCUCUUGCGUACAUAUAAGAGGGACGAUGGGGUGAUCAUCGUUCCUAUUUGCACUCUCCCUCCCUUUCCUCCCCCUCCUAUCCUACUCUCCCUCUUCCCUCUACGUGAGCCCUGUUUCCGAUUCGGAAGUAGUAGUAGAGGAAGAAGAGGAAGCAGCUCAACGGAACAGAGUUGUUGUCGCUGUCGGCUUAGGCUCGGAAGCAUCUCAACAUGAGGCUGACACCUUGGCUGCUGGCGGCGGCGCCGCUGGUGCUGCUGCGGACCGCGCGCGCCAUCGAGCCGCCGCGCCAGCCGCACCAGCCGAUCGGCAACGGCGACCGGAUCCUGACGUGGAACGAGACCGUGGCGAGCAACCGGUUCGGCGCGAGCUCGCGGUCCGUCAGCUGGCUGUCCGGCGGCGACGACGGCCAGUACAUCUAUGCUGGCGAUGACGGUUCACUCAUCCUCGAGAACUUCAUCACAGGCGAGAGCUCCGUCUUCGUGCCCGCCGCCAGCAUCCCCGAAGGCAUCAGCGGCUACUGGAUCCGCCCGGACUUCGCCAAGGUCCUCUUCGCCACCAACUACACCAAGCAGUACCGCUACUCCUUCUUCGCCGACUACUCCGUCCUCGACGUCGCCUCGGGCGAGCUCACUCCCCUCGUCGCCGACCAGGCCGGCGACAUCCAGCACGCCGCGUUCUCGCCCGCCGGCGACGCCAUCGCCUUCGUGCGGGGCAACAACCUCUUCCUGAACAAGAACGGGGCCAUCACCCAGAUCACUGACGACGGCUCGCCCGACUUGUUCCACGGCGUGCCUGACUGGGUGUACGAAGAGGAGAUCUUCGGCAGCCGCUCGGCGCUCUGGUUCUCGCCCGACGGCGAGGUGCUCGCCUACCUCAGCUUCAACGAGACCGGCGUCGGCACCUUCACCGUCCAGUACUUCAUGGACAACCAGGAGAUCGCGCCGGUGUACCCGCGCGAGCUCGACUUGCGCUACCCCAAGGUCGGCACGACCAACCCGACCGUGGCUCUGACCCUCCUCGACGUCGCCUCCGGCACGAAGCGCUCCGUCCCCAUCGACGCCUUCCCCGCGGACGACUUGGUCGUCGGCGAGGUCGCCUGGGUCACGGCCGCCCACGGCAGCGUCAUCUACCGCGCCUUCAACCGCGUGCAGGACCGCUCGAAGCACGUGCGCGUCGACGUCGGCGACGACGGCUCCGUCGCCACCGAAGUCGUGCGCCAGCGCGACGGCACCGACGGCUGGCUCGACAACGACAUCGGCAUCCGGUUCGUCGGCCCCGUCAACAGCUCCGCCGCCGGCGACUACUACAUCGACGUGUCGGACGAGUCGGGCUGGCAGCACAUCUACUUGUACGCCGUCGACGGGUCGAGCGCGACGCCCCUGACCCAGGGCGAGUGGGAGGUGACGUCGGUGCUCAAGAUCGACAGCGAGCGCAAGCUUGUGUACUACGCGUCGACGCAGGCGGACAGCACGGAGCGGCACCUGUACUCGGUGUCGUACGCGACGCUCGAGUCGAAGGCGCUCGUCGACGACACCGUGCCCGCCGUCUGGACCGCCUCCUUCUCGUCCGGCGGCGGCUACUACAUCCUCAGCUACCGCGGGCCCGACGUGCCGUACCAGGAGCUGUACGCGAUCAACGACACGACGACGCCGCUGCGCACCAUCACCUCGAACGAGGCCCUCUGGAACCGCAUCCAGGACUACAACCUGCCCAACAUCACCUACUUCACGCUCGAGCACCCCGACGGCUACAGCCUCAACGUCUUGCAGCGGCUGCCGCCCAACUUCGACCCUAGCAGGAAGUACCCCGUGCUCUUCACGCCGUACGGCGGGCCCGGCUCGCAGGAGGUGGUCAAGUCGUUCGAGCCGAUCGGCUGGAACGCGUACGUGGCGUCGGACCCGGAGCUCGAAUUCGUGCAGUUCAUCGUCGACAACCGCGGCACCGGGUACAAGGGCCGGGCGUUCCGGGCGCUCGUCGCCUCGCGCCUCGGCGAGUUCGAGGCCGCGGACCAGAUCUGGGCGGCGCGCGAGCUCGCGGCGCAGCACGCCUGGAUCGACGCGGAGCGCGUCGCGAUCUUCGGCUGGUCGUACGGGGGAUACCUGUCGGCGAAGGUAGUCGAGGCGGACUCGGGCGCCUUCUCGCUCGGGCUCAUCGUGGCGCCCGUCGGCGACUGGCGCUUCUACGACACCCUGUACACGGAGCGCUACAUGAAGACGCCGCAGCUCAACCCCGAAGGGUACGCCGCCUCGGCCGUCCGCAAGCCCGAGGGGUUCAAGAACAUCGCCGGCGGCUUCUCCAUCCUCCACGGCCUCGCCGACGACAACGUCCACUACCAGAACGCUGCCGCCCUCGUCGACCUGCUCGUCGGCUCCGGCGUGCCCCCUUCCAAGAUGCAGUGGCGCGUCUUCACCGACAGCGACCACGGCAUCUCCUACCACGGCGCCUCGACCUACCUGUACAAAUACCUCACCGAGCUGCUCUACCGCGAGAGGAUCCGCGAGGGCGAGGGGCUCGCGCACCAGUGGACGCGGCGGAAGGCGUCGUCGUCAUCCACGGCGUAAUUUGUCAGCGAACCGUUACCUAGAAUAGAUUAAUUCUUCGAAUUUCACUGCCUGUUUCCUGUCUUAAUAUCCACCGUACAUCUAGGCUGUGCCACCACGGGCUAGCGGGGGGAUGCCUCGUUGCCCUGUUUCCUAUCACGCCCUCUCAGCUUGAUACCUACGCCCUGAGUGGUCCAGUGUAGGCAGAUUGCUCUGUUGACGGGGGUGCCAAGGAAGCAACAGGCGCCCUUGGUGUGGCCGGGCCCGUCCUACUUCUGGCGUCUGUCGUGUAGACAACACCCUUGCUCGUUGUCUGUCAGCCCGACCGCCCCCCAGCACUGGAUGGAUAGAGCCCAAGGUCAUGCGAGUAAACUCCCAAGCCACCGCCACGUUGAGAUAUACUACCUAUCCCGCUACUCACCUGACCACCAAGUAUGCAGGACAGACACAAAUAUUUGCUCUCUGGCGCCAAUUCCACUCACAACGUGAUACAGAUCGAACAGGGCCUUCAUUCCUCCAAGGCCCGUGCUGGUGAUGGUCGGCGCCCCAGUAGCACUCGUCACACAGUCGAUUAAUAGACUGCUAGUAAACUGAGAAAUACUGUGCACUGCUUGCCUGGUCAUGGGCUGACGUGAUACACCUACGGGUCUCCCUCACCCGAGACCCCUACUUCAGAGCCGGG